AGUACAGAGAAAUAUACGGGAUCCAGCUGAAUGUCAUAUAUCCAGCCGAAAAUCAAAACUACUAUUUAUCAUCAUGCUUCCACUGCAGUGAGCACUUUCUACGGCAAUAAAAAGAAUAUUCGCCAAUUCAUCCUCUCGCUCAAGCACUGAAAUAAGGUGUGAAUGACCGACGUGGUGCCUCCGGCUGCUCUGAGCGAAAUCAAACUGCGCCUUCUCUGUCAGGAUGACAUAGACAGCAUUAAACUCCUCUGUGGUGAUUGGUUCCCCAUUGAGUACCCAGACUCAUGGUAUCACGACAUCACCUCCAAUAAGAAGUUCUUCUCUCUGGCUGCCACGUUCAGAGGAUGCAUUGUUGGGAUGAUUGUGGCCGAAAUAAAAGGCCGGACAAAAGUACACAAAGAGGAUGGGGAUAUUCUGGCCUCCAGCUUUCCUGUCGACACUCAGGUGGCUUACAUUCUGAGUUUAGGAGUCGUGAAGGAGUUUCGCAAACACGGAAUAGGUUCCCUGUUGUUGGACAGCCUGAAAGAACACAUCUCCACCACAGCGCAGGACCACUGCAAGGCCAUCUACCUACACGUGCUCACCACCAACAACACUGCCAUCCACUUCUAUGAGAACAGAGACUUUAGACAGCACCACUACCUGCCCUAUUAUUACUCCAUACGCGGAGUGCUGAAGGAUGGCUUCACAUACGUGCUCUACAUUAACGGCGGUCACCCGCCCUGGACUAUCUUUGACUAUAUCCAUCAUAUAGGCUCUGCCCUGGCCAGCCUGAGUCCCUGCUCCAUCCCUCAGCGGCUGUACCGCCAAGCACACAGCCUUCUCCGUAGCUUCCUGCCCUGGUCGGGCAUCUCCUCCAAGACCGGCAUCGAGUACAGCAGGACCAUGUGAAGGAUGCCAGUCCCCCAUCCCUGCAUGGACUGGAGGAUGAGUGGAGCAGCCAGGGGCUGAUCAUGGAGUCCAGUGACUGGCAUUGUAGACAAAGGCAUUCUUCUUUUCUUCUCUCCCUGCAGCCACAGACAAUGUAAUAUAUCUGUACAUU